AUGCCUUCAAGACUACUCUCUCAAGACUUUGGAGCCCACUCCCUCAAUCACCCUCAUAAGUACUUGGAUUUGAACUCCAUGAAGGAAUUGCCCGACUCCCAUGAAUGGAUGUUGGCCUGCGACGAACAGCCCUCCAUCGAGGGGCCUAAUGUUGAAUCCGUCCCUAUUAUCGAUCUAAAUAACAAGAAUGCCAUGGAACUUAUAGGUCAUGCAUGCAAAACAUGGGGGGUUUUCCAAUUGGUUAACCAUAAUAUUUGGAAGAGCUUGCUUGAAGAUGUUGAGUUAGCAGGUAAGAGGCUCUUUUCUCUCCCCACACAGCAAAAACUUAAGGCGGCGCGUUCUCCAGAUGGAGCCGGCGGCUAUGGCUUGGCCCGUAUUUCUUCCUUCUUCCCAAAGCUCAUGUGGUCUGAAGGGUUCACUGUUAUUGGUUCACCAUUAGAGCAUGCCCGUCAACUUUGGCCCCAAGACUACCAAAACUUCUGUGACACCAUUGAAGCUUAUCAAAACCAGAUGAAAAAGCUAUCUGGAAAACUGUUGGGGCUCAUGCUUGGAUCAUUAGGAAUAACCAAAGAAGAUGUAAAAUGGGCGGAUCAGAGAGAAUUUGAAGGGGCAUGUGCAGCUCUACAAUUAAACUAUUAUCCGGCCUGUCCAGACCCGGACCGGGCUAUGGGUCUUGCACCACAUACUGAUUCCACAAUACUCACCAUUCUCCACCAGAGCAACAUAAGUGGUCUACAAGUGCUCCGGGAGGGCUGUGGGUGGGUCACUGUGCCUCCGCAUCCAGGAGCAUUAGUGAUUCAUGUGGGCGACCUUCUUCAUAUAUUAUCCAAUGGGCUGUACACAAAUGUUCGCCACCGGGCCGUGGUGAACCGGACCCAACAUCGUUUGUCACUAGCAUACCUUUAUGGGCCACCCUCAAGUGUCAAAAUCUCCCCACUUCCAAAAUUGGUAGACCAGUUUCACCCUCCACUCUAUCGACCAAUAACUUGGAGUGAGUAUCUUGGCACUAAAGCUAAGCAUUUUGAUAACGCACUCACAUCAGUACGGCUUUGUGCUCUUCGAAAUGGGUUUAUCGACACAAACGAUCAAAACAGUGUUAAAGUUGGUUAG